CGUGAGUACGAGGGUACGUACACACUGCUCUCCACCCUUUCCUUGACAGAGAAAGAUAGGGGGAGAGAGAGAGUACCAAUAUCGCUAUCAAAUCAGAUUGUAGACACGGUCUGAAGGGCGAGAUUGUAAGGUGAAAGAAAACGGGAGAGGCGUAGACUAUCAUCAGUUGCGUAUUAGUGGAGGUUGUUAAAAUAACAACACUGAAGUCGGUUACCCACAGCACCGCUCGUAAUCCCGUUAUUUUAGCCUUAAUUACAAACGCGGACACGGGGGAAACGCAGCCAGCCGAAGAUGGAAGGAAUGGCAUAUGGAGCGGGGAAGGCGGGGGGUGCGUUCGAUCCCCUGACGUUUUUCCGACAGCCGCAAACUAUUCUCCGAAUUGUGUCCUGGCUGUUCGCCAUCGUCAUAUUCGGCUCCAUCGCCAACGAGGGCUACGUGAACCGGCCCGACGAGGUGGAGGAGUUCUGCAUCUUCAACCGCAACCAGAACGCCUGUAACUACGGCGUCGCCAUGGGGACCCUGGCCUUCGUGUGCUGCAUGGCCUUCCUGGCGCUGGACAUCUACUUCCCCCAGAUCAGCAGCGUCAAAGACCGCAAGAAAGCUGUGCUGGCUGACAUCGGGGUGUCCGCAUUCUGGUCCUUCAUGUGGUUCGUGGGGUUUUGUUUCCUGGCCAACCAGUGGCAGGUGGCCAAGCUCGAGGACAACCCCCUGAAGGAGGGCGGAGACGCAGCCAGAGCCGCCAUCGCAUUCUCCUUCUUCUCCAUCUUCACCUGGGCUGGUCAGGCAUUUCUGGGGUUCCAGAGGUACAAGCUGGGUGCAGACUCCGCCCUCUUCUCCCAGGACUACGCCGACCCCAGCCAGGACCCGGCCGCCGCCCCCUACACUGCCUACCCGGGUGUGGCCGACAUGGAGGCCCCGCCCACCAACACGGAGCCGGCCUAUGACGGGUCUGCAGGGUACCAGGGGCAAGACUACUAAGCAGGAAUGGGGGGGGUGGGGGGUGGGGUAGGCGGGACAGACGAGGAUAAUCUCUGUAGAUGGGUUGGGGAGGGGCACUGCCAAGACCAGUGCGUGUGUCUGUACCAGUUUGCCUUCAGUCCGGGGGGGUGGGGGUGGGCGUGGAGGGUGGGCGGUUUCACGUUGGUUGGCCACUAGCAGGUCAUAAUCUGAGCUGUGGUAGGUUAGCGGCUGAGAUCAAGUAGGAAUAUAUUCUCACCGACUGGGGACCAACUGUCGCCGGGCUCAGACGGUCAAAGUCAACAGCUAGGAAACAACCACAGUGUCUUCUGGGAUAGGCCUUAUAAGAACCCUGUAGAGCCGUGUGCAUUCGAUUGUAGUAGCCGUGCUACUGUUUUUUACUGCAGCGGCUGUGCUUUCUCCUCUGUAUACAGCUUUGUGUGUGAAGAUGAGGGGGGAAAAAAUCAGUGAAGAACAAAGCAUAGGGUUAUUUUGCCAUGCUGAAAUCUGCCUGGUCUGUCUCCUCUCAGUAUCCCAUGUGAAUUAUUCACAGGGUGCCAUCUGCCGGUAGAGCUGGUUACAUCAAAGCUACACGUAACCCCUUUCAAAAACAUGCAGGGUGUUCUUACCUGCUGAGAACCCACAAUCCCCUGCUUUCUUUGGUAGUGGUAAGGGACAUGUGGGGACGCAUUCGCCCACAAGGAUGAAUCCACGGGUGGAUGACUCUAGUCCUGCAAGACUGGUGCCUGUGCAGGUUUUGUUCUCACUAAUUAUCCUAACUCAAUUAGCUAAUUAGCCGUAUACAUUAGGGCCACUCGGUACAGUUCACUCACAAGUUGGACCACAGUAAAACCUUUCAUAUACGGACACAAGAACAGUGUUCAGCUCACAUAAACGGCCGGGUUAAUUAAAUAACGAGGAGCGGAAGUUAGUGUGAAAUCAGAAAUAGAUAUGGCCCUCCUUGCCUACCCCUCCCCUAGUGAGUCCAAUGAAUACACAUAUUUAAUACUGACUAAAAUCAAACGGCAACUCUGCCAGUCCCUUCCCCUUUCCAAAGAGCUCAGCCCCACCUGGGCUGUAAAAAGGUCAACGGUCUUUACCUUCAACCCCUGUUCACUGUCAGGGUGUGGAGUGCUUUGACGUCCAGUGCUUUUGUUUUCUAUCCACUCUUAACUGGAAUAAAAACUACUCUUCAAAAUUUACGAGCGCUGGAACGGACGGCGUAUUUAAGUUUGCAGGGAAUCCUGCCGAAACGUUUGCGCUGCAGCACCGACCGCAAACACGUCACUGAUGCUCGGUAAUUCUGUGGCAUUUCAGCAAUGGGCUUUUGUCUCAAAUCGAAAUCUCUGUUGUGAAAUUAGUACUCAGAGUAUUCGAUGAGGGAAACUUGCUAAGUGGAAACUGAUUGGCCGGCCAGCCCUGUCAGCCAGCUUGUCCGUUAUGGCAUACUCUUAAAAUUGAUCAUUGAAAUCAAUAGGUGGCGCCAACUAGAGGCCAGGGAAGGUAUGAAUGCAAACACACUCCCAGCACGGCACACAAAGCCGUCGCUGAGCUUGGCGACUCCACUCAAGCUAAUCUCAAUGCUUAUCCCCCAAAGUGAACUGCCAGCUCAUUACAACCCCUCUGACGGGGGGGGGGGGUACUUCCUUAAUCACAGAAACUUCUGGGGCCUGCUUACAUACACCACCUGCAGGCCGAACUAGUGCUAACUGGUCUUCAUGUAGACCAACUGAACUGAGCAUCUUAUUUGUUGAUUUUUUUUUUUUUAAAUGUUAUUUCUGAUGCAUUUUUCAUUUAUGGCAAGUGUAACAGAAGAAUACUGCAACUGUAGAUUUUGGAACUGUGAAAUAUUUAAAGUGGACAUAUUAUGAAAGUUUAUCAGUGCAUUUUACACACACAGGUACGUAUGUGUGUGUGUGUGUGUAUAUAUAUAUAUCAUUUACGUAUUUAUUUUCUUUCUUUAUUUAUUUAUUUAUUUGGCUGGUGCUCCUAUAUUAGUAUUUAAAUUUCUCUCAUAUACAGACACACAUACAUACACACACACACAUAUGAAAUGUUUUAAAUAAACACAGGCAAAUGAAUACAUGAUGAUGUGUACAACAGUGGUUGUACACAUGGUUGGUUCCUGUCGGUGAAAUAAUCUGCAGAGAUUAGUUAUAACUUAAUACUGGGGCUCUGGUUCCUUUAUGGUGUGAUAAUGUGUUUUGGUUCAGGUAACGUUUCCUCUUCAGAUUUUUUUAUUUUUUGUUUUUGCUUUUUUAUUUUGGAAAAGCGGUUAGAUACUAAUACAUGUAACCAAAAUACAAAGCUAUUUAGACAUAGGAUCUGUGUGAUCUCAAGAUGUUGCUAUGAAAUGGAGGGGAAAGGGUGUAAAACAGUUCUGAUGUGAUUAUCUUUAAUUUAUUAAAUUAAUUAUUGCAUUCAUUCAGUUCACUAACAAACACAUGGGUUCAUUCUUUCCUGUCUGUUGGUUGUUUGUGAGCAAUCUAAUGUAGAUGUACUGGACUUUGUUGGGAAAAAAAGAAAUAAAUGAAAUUGUCUUAAUUUUCAA